AGGAAUUCUGGGAAAUGAAGUCCGCAGUCUCUAAAGGAGCCAUGUUUGAGCCUCCUGUUGCUGAGAGGAGGGGCUCGCGGAAGUGAGUACAGCAAAGGGACUUGCUUCUCCGAUGGGGCUUCAGGGCGUCAAGGCGGUUUUCUUUGACCUGGACAACACCUUGGUCGAUACUGCCGGUGCCGGCAGGAAAGCUAUUCAGGAGGUGAUAAAUGUCUUACAGUCAAAGUAUCACUAUGAUGAAAGAGAAGCCUGUAUGAUAUGUGAUGAAUUCCAAGCCAAGCUUCACAAAGAAUACUAUGAUCCUUCUAAAAUGUGUAUCACUGACCUCAGGAUUCAACACUGGGAAGAUGCUAUACAAGAAGUCAAGGGAGGAACAGCCAAACAUAAUCUCGCUGCAGAUUGUUAUUUCCUUUGGAAAACCACUCGCCUGCAACAUUUGACCUUGGCAGAGGAGACUCAAGGGAUGCUCAGUGACCUCAGAAAGGUGGUCCAGUUGCUUCUGCUGACAAAUGGGGACACACAGACACAAAGAGAAAAGAUUGAAGCUUGUGCUUGCCAACAAUAUUUCAAUGCCAUUGUUGUAGGAGGAGAGCACAAAGAAGAGAAGCCGGCACCCUCUAUAUUUCACCACUGCUGUGAACUUCUUAAAGUUCGUCCUGAGGACUGUGUGAUGGUGGGUGACUCUCUGGAUACAGACAUCCAAGGAGGCCUGAAUGCUGGUUUGAAAGCGACAGUUUGGGUAAAUAAAGCCAUAGCAGCCCCAAAACCCACAUCUCCAAUCCCUCACUACAUUAUUUCUUCUGUACAUGAUUUCCCUGAGCUUUUACAUAACAAAGGAGACAGUAAAUCUGAAAGUAAUAAGGUGGCUGAUAUUUGUAAUGAGUGUGAAAUUCCCACAGAAAAAUCAAGGACGUUAGUCUGCUAGAGUUGAUAAUAAAGGGAUUUUUUUUUACAUGUGAAGAUUACAUUGGUUUGUUUUAAGCAUUGUAUGAUGUACAUAAUUUUAAAACACAUUUGCCAUAAUGUAUGCUUAAUUUUAUUUGAUUUCAUAUAGCACGAAUAUGGAUAAAUUCAAAUAUGCACAAUGUACAUGUCUCAAAACUGUCCAAAGAGCCACCUUGUGGCAACACACCGACUGACAGGAGAUGGCAGCAAACUAUGAAGCAUGUUACUAUGUGAGUGUAUUCUAAGAACGGAAUAGAUCUGAUCUGACAUUUUGCUAUUAAUUUUGUCCUGUAAAAAGGAGUGACUUAAUGUGCGAUACAUAACUAAAACCUAGCAAUACUGAAAUGUAUGGAAUUGAAAACAUGAAAAUAUACUGUACAAUGAGUUGUGAAGUAUUUGAUCCAAUUAUAAAUAUAUUUAUUUAGAAGCAAUCUCA